AUGACUGUGGUCAUUGACCCUUGCCCCAACUGCCGCUACCCACGCUGCUCUCGUUGUGCCGUCACUAGAGUCCACGUCCGCCACCACGAUCAUAAGCCUUCGGAUCACUGUCAGAAUCGUAAUACAACCUAG